CAGGGGUUGUCUUCAAUGUCCAGUGUCCUUUUUAGGUGGCUGUUCCUCAACUCUCAUUUUGAAUGUCGUGGCACCCACAGUACCGCAGAUCCAAGUUCCGCCAUGUGUUUGGCAAAGCCGCCAGCAAGGAAAAGUGCUAUGACUGUGUGCCCAUCACCCUCAACGUCCAUGACAACCACUUCUGUGCUGUGAACCCCAGCUUCAUCGCGGUGGUGACUGAGUGUGUGGGUGGUGGUGCCUUCCUCGUCAUUCCCAUCAAGCAGACAGGCAGGCUUGACCCACAUUAUCCCAAAGUAUGUGGGCACAAAGGAAAUGUUUUGGACAUCAAGUGGAAUCCAUUCAAUGACUUUGUAAUAGCUUCAUGUUCAGAAGAUGCCACAGUUAAAAUCUGGGACAUCCCAAAUCAGUUGCUAAAAAGAAACAUUACCAUUCCGAAGAAAGAACUUUUUGGGCAUACUCGAAGAGUCAGUCUGAUUGAAUGGCAUCCCACGGCUGAUAACAUCCUCUUCAGCUCUGGCUAUGACUACAAGAUAAUGAUCUGGAACCUUGAUGCCACGGACACUGUUCUUUCAAAGCCAGUGAAGAUUAUUGAUGCUCACAAAGAUGUGGUCCUCUCCAUGUCAUUCAACACAGAUGGCAGUCUCCUUGCCACUGCUUGCAGGGACAGAAAGAUAUGUGUGAUAGACCCUUGUGCUGGAACAGUCCUACAGGAAGGAAGCUACAAGUCUCACAGAGUCAAUAAAGUCGUAUUCCUUGGAAACAUGAAAAUGCUGUUUUCUACUGGAAUGUCUCAGUGGAAUAAUAGGCAAAUUGCAUUAUGGGAUCAAAAUGACCUUUCUGUGCCUUUACUGGAGGAGGAUCUGGAUGGCUCCUCGGGACUACUGUUUCCCAUCUAUGACUCUGACACAUGCAUGAUUUAUGUGGUGGGAAAGGGUGAUGGAAACAUACGGUACUAUGAGAUAAGUCCUGAGAAACCAUACCUGCACUACCUGAUGGAAUAUCAUUCUCACUUACCACAGAAGGGAGUUGGAAUGAUGCCAAAGAGAGGUCUUGAUGUGACAGCUUGUGAAAUUUUCCGUUUCUACAGACUGAUUUCAACUAAAAACCUGAUUGAGCCCAUUUCCAUGAUUGUGCCUCGACAGUCGGAAUCAUACCAGGCAGAUAUCUACCCCCUGACUGCAGCAGCCCAACCAACACUGACAGCAGAAGAAUGGCUCACCGGGAUUAACAGAGGGCCUCUCUUGAUAUCCUUGAGAUCAGGCUCUGAAGCUGUGAAGUCCCUACCACAGUUUCUUGAGCCAGAGCCCUUCAUGGAAGCUACUAACCUGAGCCAGCAACCAGGAGCGCAAGGAAGGAUGUCACUGGAGGACAAGCAGAAGCCAAGAGAGAUUGAACGUAGCAGAAAAAGGCUGAAAGUGGAGGAGAGUCUGCCAGAAGAUGAGCAAAUAUGCCUCUCCAAUGCCUUUGACAUAUCUGAGUGUCCACCACCAAAAACUGAAAAUGAGCUUUUACAGAUGUAUUUCCGGCAACAGGAAGAAAUCCGUCGACUAUGUGGAUUGGUAAUCCAGAGAGGUAUCCGAAUUAAACAGCUGGAGCAGGAGCUCAGAAACCCCUGCAUGGACACAGGCAACUACUGAGGUUGCUGGCCUACAGCUCUUUGUACCCCUGGACACAGGGGGAGACUCCAUUUCCUGCAGAUAACUCCUCCUAGGUUUUUUACUGGGGGUAAAAUUGAUAUUUCAGGCAGCAUGGACUUCCCUGGCUUGUGGUGGUCACAUUUCCCUAAUCAUCACUAGACAGUUUUUAAUAGACUUGCUGUGCGUCUUCAGGCUCCCCUUGCUUACCUGCUCACCAAUAUCAGAAGCUUGUGUAUUAAUGCUAGUGAGAGACUUUGGAAAAUCUUGCUCUUCUGGUCCUGGAGAAGCUACAUGUUAAGCUCUAGGAAUGACCUGUUUUGCUGGCCCUCCACAUGACAGGAGAAUGAGAGACUGAAGGCUUCUUUUCUUGCCCUGGGGACCAGCAAUGUGGCUCCUGUGGCUGCUGUCCCCUUGCCCAGGGAGUUCAAAGGCACCUCUAGCUCCAAAGUGAUCCUGAUGCACUUCUCUCACCUUACAGCUUGGCCCUGCCCCCAGGUUCAGGAAAGCUGUGGCUGCCCUGACCUGGUGCUGGGGAUAGUCCCGCUCCGGGGGCUGCACUGGGGAUGCCAAGGGCCGGCACUCUUGUGAUAGGAAAAGAAGAGUCAGUGUUGGAUGUCCUACUUUAAAAAGGUCAUGGUGUGGGCUAGCUCUUACCAGAGAAGCUGAAUAAUCUAUGUGUCCUAUGAGUUAGUGGCCUUCUUUCCCUUCUUCUGCCAAAGACCAGCUGCAGUCAACUGGGGGUCAUCAGAGAUUGAGAACAUUUAAAGCUGCACAGUGUUGACAGUGGGGGAAUUUGCUAAGAGGAUUUAAAAGAAUGAAUGGGGAGUUGGGCCCUGAGCCCACUGCAGGCAUUUCAGCAAUGGUGCUAGAAGUGUUGUGUCAACCACAGUAAGAUCACAGGGCUGUGGCCAGUCAUUAACAGCCCUCCAGGGUUGCUGGAGUAUCAGUCCUUAAUGACUGCAGCUGCUGCUUCCUUCACUCCCAGGUGCCAGCACCUUGUCCCAUUCCUGCAGCUGUCUACAGCUGCAGGUUCCCUCUUGCCAGCUAUGUGGUCCAGCCCCCUGCAUCUUCCCAGGCUGCUCAGCCUUCCUCAGCCCUGUGGCCACAUUGAUCUGUGCCCUUCAGCACCACCUCUCUGGCUCAAUGCUGGACCUUAUAGAGAUGUCUCAAACCCAGACAAAGCAAGCAAACACUGUUUAACCUGUAACUGUGCACCUCUAUUGUGGUACACAGAAAUCAUGGAAUCAACUAGGUCCAGGGGAUACGUCUAGGACACAUCCUUGUCACCAGAUGUGUUUUAUUGGCUGCAUUUUUUUGCUUAUUUUUUAAUAUAAAAUAAAUUGUUUAAAUUAUUUCCAAAAUAAAGUAAUUUUUCAUGGGGAUUUUUACAUUCUCUUGAGGUAUGUUUCUUAUUCUAUGACUGACUAGCAUAGAGAAUGGUUGGCCACUAUGGUUCUUAUCCUUGGGCUUUGUUGAUUUCAGCAUUUAUGGAAAAGAAGGUGCUUUUCUUUAGGCUUUAGUGAGACUUAAUUUAAUCAAAACUUCUUUUUUAGAAAGUAUGCCUGUAAAAGCGUGGACUGUGAAAUGUAUUUAAAUUUGGAGCUUAACUGCAACCAUUAAUCUUGCACUGGAAAAAAACCUUGAGGAAAUGGAGUUAUGCAUUCAUGAUCUGUGCCUAAAUAGUAUUGAGUGAUCAUUCUAACAGUUUCAAAACUCCCGAAAGCUUUGUAAAAAACUGUUGAACAUGGGGAUAAAAGACAAAUCUGUGCAAUGAAAAGCAAAUAUAACUGAAUAAUAAACAUAGAGAUUUACAUUUUGA